CAGUGGGAAUCGCGCGCACCAAUCCCCGCGUGGCAGUGUCGUCACCGGGCGGCGCGGGCGCGGACGUGGUCCGUUGUCGGGCCUCGCCGAUCAGAAGCAAGAGCGGCGUGCUACGGGUUCCGGGUCGCUCCGAGGAUGGUUCUUCGGCGGCUGCUGGCCGCCCUGCUGCACAGCCCGCAGCUGGUGGAGCGUCUGUCCGAGUCGCGGCCCAUCCGGCGCGCGGCGCAGCUCACGGCCUUCGCACUGCUGCAGGCCCAGCUGCGCGGCCAGGACGCGGCCCGGCGCCUACGACGCCUAGCGGCUGGGCCCGCGGGCUCCCUGGGCCGCCGCGCUGCCCGCUUCAAAGACACCUUCACUCAGGAGCUACGCCGCGGCCUCCGGGAACGCCCGGGGCCACCGCCGGGUAGCCAGAGGGGCCCGGGCGCAAACCCCUAAACCCGGGCCGCGCCGGGCCUCGGCCGCCUGCUUUCCCUUCUGGGCUCGACACAGGCCUCGGCGCUAGGAGUCACCCCGGGCACUGCGCACGGCUCCGAGUUCUGACUCAGACCGUCGGCCUGCAGAGGUCCCGUUCGGAGAGCCCUGGGGAGCCCUGUGAUCGACAGGGCGCCGUGUGCGAAGAAAGCCCCCGAAGCCCGACGGAAAGGAAGAUGGGCUGGGCCCGGAUGCACCGCGUACAGAGAGCCAUGGACCAAAGCUCAGCGCGAAAGAGAGUCUGCCCUCUGCAAACAGGACUGCAACUCACGAUGGCUGACGCUGCCUCUGUACCGAUGUAGCAGGCCAUUACUUCCAGGGGAGAUCGUGGAUGGAAGACAACCCUGCAGCUGCCAAAAUCCUCUGAUUAAAUGUGUGAUGAGUAA